AUGAUCGUUUGGGUGCAGCUCCCAGCUCUGAAAAUCCACUUCUAUCAUAAGGAGGUGUUGAACACACUGGGGAAUCUAAUAGGCAGGACUAUCAAGCUGGAUUAUCACACGCUGACUCAUGAUAGAGCGAAGUUUGCUCGGCUAGCGGUGGAAGUCGACUUGUCAAAACACCUGAUACCACGCAUUUGGCUCGACGAUGAAUGGCAAAAGGUGGAGUACGAGAAUCUCCCAGAGGUAUGUUUUGAUUGUGGGAAGAUCGGACAUUCGUCAUCAUCCUGUCCACAGAACUCGCUGAUCGUUCCUCUGGGCCAAGUGCCGCCGGUCAAUACGUCGCCGACAUUGCCAUCUAGCGCCGACGAUCCCAACCCGGGCUUCGGUCCGUGGAUGCUGGUGACGAAGAGAUCCCGCCGUAAUCCAAGGGAGGCGCCGCGAAAGGGGAAAGUGGAGAGUAGCCCGGCCAAUCAAAUCCCAACAAUCGCCUCUAAAGAUGGAAAGUCUGGACCAGCGAUUAAGGAAGGAAGCACCUCCUCACCUUUCUCACCUUCCGCCAACGACCACUUACCCCAGAAGAACCCACCUCAGGACAAGAAUGGAAACAAUGGCAAGAAAAACAUUGAUGAGGCAAGAAAAGGGAAAAAUAAAGUGGGAAACGCGGACUCCAAGGGGAAAGGCGUACUUGGGGCAGGGCCCAUUCCAGCUUCAAAGGGGGUAAGCGGGCCGAAGCCUGUUUCCUCUGGUGGGGCCUCUUCAUCAGCCCACAACUCGGGACUCUCUCGGGGCUCGCAGAAGGCGGAGCUGGACGUCCAGAAUAAGGCACCUGGGCCAGAAUCUCAUAGAAGGCCCAGUUCUCCUCUGUCCCAACCACCGACUGUUCGAACAGUGACAGGGCAAAAUGGAACGGUGAUGCAGAUCGUGGAGAACAUCAAGCCGGAUGGAGGAAGCGGCGCCGCGAACUGCUCGUCUCCGUCCGUCGCGUCCAGGACCAAGCGGAGCAAGACUAAGAAGGCUCAGAGCAAAAAAUCACCCAACAAGCUCCAUCAGCUAAAUCCCCUGCAGGUUUGGUCCCCGGUGAAGAAACCCAAAUCCAAAGCUCGCCUUGCGUCGCUAACACUUCAGGAAAUUGAUGCCUGGACCGAGGCUGCUAAACGUCCGGCGGGGGGAAAUGGAGAAUCGGAACUAACUGUAGCGGAGGCGAUCCCACAGGCGAUGGCUAGGCCAAUUGACGGGGCGUCGCCAACGACUUGA